GGGGGAGGGGGCGGGGCUCCGGCGGCGGCUUUCGGAAGGUUUUUCCCGCCCAGACAUCAAAGGGCUGCGGCUGUUUCCGGACACGUGACUGUGGAGCUUUUCGAAUCAGACACAAUGGAAACUGCAGUCGCUAUGUACCAAACACGAGCAAGAAGAGCACAGGGUUUGCUUAAAUCACGCAUCGAUCAAAGGCGGACAAAGAUGUACUCGGCUUCUUGCCUACGUGACACAGAUGAGGAAGAAAAUACAUCUGACGAAGAGCAGAGUAGCAGAGAUGAAGGUGUACAAAGCAGUGACUCAAAUGAUGAUAGUAAACAAGUGCAAAAUCCUGUUGCUACAAUACAGAGCUCAGACGAGGACAAUAUCAAUCGAAGUAAACGUCUGAGGACAUCAUCGAAUAAUGUGUUUUCAGACAGUGACUCCAGCUCAGGCAGUGAGAUUUGGAGCAAACCAGUAAGAAAGAUAAAAAAUAAUUCACGGCGUGUGUUUGUACAGGAGGGGGAAGAAGACAGUGAUAAGGAGGGAACGUCUGCCACAAAUUUAUCUGUAGGGACUGAAGACUUCUCACAAAUAAAGAAAGAAAUAUCAAUUGCCCGGAAGAGGAAGAGGCAUUUGGAAAUGAAAAGAUUGUCAAAGGAGAGACGAUCUCGUCACUCGAACAGUGGAAUCAGAAAUUUCUCUGAGGAGUCAGACGAGGAGGGUGGGGCAUCUUCCGUCUAUGAAGUGGGAAGCUCUGACUCCGAUUUUGAAAAAAGCAGUUUAAAAGACUUCAUUGUGGAAGAUGAUGAUGAGGAGGAGGAGAGUGAAGAGGAAACACAAUCUGGAGAAAACCACACAAGUACACCAAAGAAACCUGAAUCAUCAAAAUCCAUACUGGCAAAAUAUCUACCAAACUUCCACAAUGACAGUCCCUAUACCCACUUCAAAAGAGUAGUUAAAGGUUUGCUGAUUAAUGCACUUGAUGGCAAUUUUCUGAAAUCACUGUAUGACGGCGCUAGAAAAAAGAAAUAUGCCAAGGAAAUACUGAGCUCAUUGAAUUAUAUGGAUGACCGCUGCAUUAAACCACGUCUUGUAAAUUUAAAAACAACAAGUCGAUGGUCGAAUCGAUACCAGGAACGUAUAGAUUGUUAUCCUACUCUGCAAGUGAAACAAUAUCCAGCAAUUCAAAGAUCCUGCCAAGCCUGUGAGCUGAAACGCACCUGUCGAUUCACAGUCAUCUUAUCUGGACUGCUGUAUAAUGGCAAGAGUCUGCAGGAAGACAACUUCAUGCCAAACGAUGAACAGAGAAUGAAAGUUGGCAAUGUGUGCAAGGAGCGAACAGAAAUCUACCACAGUCUGAAGCAUUUUAAAUACAAUCUGUACCAGAAGUGCUGUGAAACUGUCCAAAGUGACACUCAUCCAGACGAACAGGCGAAAGACACGAUUGAUCGGCUCUACAAAUGUCUGGACGAACAUCAGUGGAUUGAAGAGGAAUACAAGCAUUUUGAAUAUGUUCUGAAUAACGCUGACGAUUUCCGUAAAGAGAAGCUUUUUGAAUAAAUCUUCUGCACUUGAGAGACUGCACUGAGGAAAGCAG